AUCCGGUUGGAGUUUUCGCAGUGACACAUAACCAUUUUCGCUUCACUCCUCUAGGGUUUCUCAAAACGCAUUCUAGCACCUGAUUUCCUCUCUGUAGAUUUAAGAAGCAUCGGAGAACUAACUCCGUCACCGGAAACCUAACACCGUUGCCGGAAUCAUAAAUCUAGAACUGAAGAAAAUGUCAAGCAAGAAGAAACACAAACAGAAACACAGCGAAAGCGACGAAGACGACGACGUUUUCUUCUACCGCUACUGCGCUUCAUCAUCAACCCCCAACGGCACCACCACCGCCGCCACCACCACAUCCAGUAACCAAACCCAAUCAAAACCGAACAACAAACGAUCGUUAAUAGGAGAAACAGGAGAACCCUUAGCACCGUCAAAAUCAACGCUAUACGUUUCAAAUCUAGAUUACUCCCUAACAAACUCCGAUCUCCACACGCUCUUCUCCACUUUCGGCCGGAUAGCGCGUGUGACCGUUCUCAAAGAUCGUCACACGCGCCUCAGCCGUGGAGUCGCGUUUGUGCAAUUCGUUUCUCGUCAUGACGCGCAACGUGCCGUGACGGAGAUGAAUAAGAAGAUUCUCAAUGGAAGGACUCUGACUGCUUCUAUUGCUGCUGAUAAUGGACGUGCUCCGGAGUUUAUUAGGAAGCGCGUGUAUAAUACUGAGACUGAGACUGCUUUGUGUUAUGAGUGUGGGGGGCAUGGUCAUCUGUCGUAUGAGUGUCCUAAGAAUCAGUUGGGGCCGAGGCCGCGGCCUCAACCUAAGAAGCCGCGGCGGGGAUUUGGUGGGGUGAGGGAUAGGGAUAGGGAUAAGGAUGAGGAGGGUGAUGAGGAGGAGGAAGAGGGUGGUCGGAUUGAUGCAGAGCAGUUUGAGGAUAAUUGGGCUUCUGUUGUGGAUGAUGAAGCGGGGGAGAGGUUGCUGGGGAGAAACGGAAAUGAUGGUGAGGGUUUGGACAAGAAGAAGACUAGGAAGAAAGGAAAGAAAGCUGGGUAUUUUAGCGAUGAGAGUGAUCAUGAUGAUGAUGAUUGAUCACGAGUGUAUGUAGCAUUGACACUUCAUUGUGAAGGUGUGUUUAGUAUAGCAUUAUCGCAUUAUUGUGAAAUAUGAUUCUAAUAAGAGUAAUGUACCAGAAAUUGUUUCCCAUUGUAUCCUCUUUGUAUAACUAUAAUGGAAUCCGAAUCAUCUAUGGUAUUGAAGACAUUUUGAGUUCUGGUUAUCUAUGUCUGUACUCUGUAAGAAUAUUUGUAAUCAAUAGUUGUAAAUGCUCGUAUUAUUAUAUAUAGAAGCAAUACAAUAAAGAAAGGCAUCAAGCCAUAAUUCGUGA